UCGUCCUUGGGUUCAUGUGUCUGUGUAGAUAAAGAGUCCAUAACGUAACGUAGUUGUACACAUAGUUGCGUAGGACAGUGUUAACGAUAGCAGGCAGCGGGACUCCCUGGACGGGGUCAUUCAGGUUGGUAUCAUCUUGGGGUGGGUGGGAAGGUGCAACUUGCAUCAGAGUGUAGGGAGGAGAAAGAAAUGGUUUUGGUGUUCCCAACAAGACUCCUGAUAAGAGGUGAGAUUAUAGGCUAGACCUAACCAUGCAACAAAAGACAGGGUUAUGUGGGACAGCAGAUUGGGCAGGGGCAAGCGAUGGUUAUGACUCAACAUAAGGUAGGGAACAAUAAUAAAUUACACCAUAAAUAUGAAGUUUAUACAUCAUUACACCAAGUAUUUUGUGGAACAAGUCUUCGGAACAUAUUCCAGUUUUUUUUACUUGUGUGAUAAGGGAUGACAGUGGGACCUUGUCUGAUUUGAUUCAUCACAUUAAUGGACAGCAAAACUUUUAGAAUGAGAGAUAAAUGCUUUUGGAAAUGUAUAUGUGUCCUUAAACACAUUUGUUAAUUUCUAAAUUUGACACAUGCAUUGGUAUUUUUAACCUGUCUGCAACAUAAAGUAUUGCAAGUCUACAUCAUCUGUUGCCAUGUGAUACGAGGCUGGUGCUGAUGCAAAAUUUGGCCUGUAAUUACAGAAUUCAAAUUGUAACUAAAUGAUCAGUGUUGAUGAUGACCAUGAAAGCAAAACAGUAGAUGUUGAUAAAACUCAAGAAGUUACAGAUGCAGUGGAUUUCAGUAAUUGUUUUGUCCAACAUUCAUGAAACUUAUUUAGUGGGAAAUAUGCGUCAGAACAAUCACCAGUUAGGGUUGAGAAGUUUGAACCCCUGCUGUUUAUCUACAACAUGGUAAGUGUAAUUUGCAUGACUUGUAUUAUCCACGUAAGUAUAACAAAUUACAGUUUGAUUGUUUGCAGCUGCAAAUACUUACUUGAAUGUAUUUAGAUAUGUUGGACAACAGCGGCAAAAGUCUGCGUAGCUGGUGGUACUCUUAAACAGUCACAACAAGCGUGGCCUUGAAGGCUAACACCAGUCUUUUAUCAAAUAGUCCUACAAUGACACAAUAAUAGCCCAGCAUGCAUACAAAUGAUGGUUGGUUCAUUAUUCUGUCAAGGUUUCUAUGUUUGAGAGGGGAAUCCAAAACUGUAUGCCAAAAUUUUCGCAUGAGCAUUUUGGGAAAAAUUAGCCCAAGCUCUUGGACUAGGCAAUGGACGUAGAGAAAUUUUGCCUUGACUAGUGCUCAGUCAAGUUAGGAUAUUGAUUUGUGAAUAGAGAUGGUGAAGUGGUGGGCUAGCUGUGCUAUGCAUAAGACUAAUAGUGAAUGUUGAUUGUGGAAUUGAUGGGGGGAAGACUUCAGCAGAUGGACACUGUGGGCUUGUUCGCCUGCCAAACCAGGCGCCAGUCCUUGGCCCUAGACUGUUUCUGGAGAUAUUGAUGGUUUUUAUCGAACCCCAACCACAACUGUUGACUUCUGCUUUGGACCACUCAGCUGUUUCAUGUUCUUCUUCUGUUAGAACAAUUUUGGUGGAUCUGUGAUUUUGUUACCUUGGAGGUUCUGCCCCGGACAUGGGCAAAUGGCUCAUUUUGUGAUUUCUUGCUACAUUGUGUUGUUUAUGUUGUGGUGAUCAUGUGAUGUAAUUGCUCCGGAAGAUGAAGAUGUCGGGGACGGAUGUUACAUGCGCUCCAUGUGAACAAGCAUAUCUUUGAUACAUCUUCAUAAUCAGGCAGCUUGGGAUCAAUAUUAAACUAAGUGAUGUGAUGAAUUGUAAAUCGGGAAAUAGACUCCGUCCUCCAGGAUGAAAAAAAUGCCACUUUGGCACAUGUACCACUGACAAUUUGACCCGGCUGCGUUUGGCUGGUCUGCCAAUGUGACACUGGACCUGUACUUCCGAAGUGUACAUUCUUACACCCAUGGUGAGGCUGUAACUGGGAAGCUCCCUCUCAGGAAGGCAGUGCUUCACGUUGCGGGUUUAGGAGCAGUGUGAUGUAGGUCAAAACAUACUGGAUGCAGUAAGGACACAUCUGGUGUGUGCUGUCCUCCAACAUACCACAAGAUGACAUCACAUCAUGAGAUUAAUUGGUCAUUAUGCUGACAAUCAGGCCUCUUGAUUGACAAGCAGUUUUAGCAGGAAUGUAAAUAACGCCUUCACUUGUUUUCCUGUUUCACUGAUUGUUGGAGGUGUGGGUCUGUCACAUGAGUGACAGAUAAGCUUUGUUAACAGCAGUGCCAGUGAACCUCAUAUGACGAGACGGAAUUGCAGGCAGGAUUUCCUGUAUCCACGAUGAGAGGAUUUACUUUGAUAAUGGUCAAGUUGAAAUAUUCAGAUGUUACGGAUGGUUAACAGAAAACAACUAUGACAUGAUGUGAUCUGAAGGGGACGACCACAGAAUUUCACAGAUCAGGUUGGACAUUUUUUCUAAAUAAUUCCUUCUCUAAUGGUACUUAAAAUAUGCUACGUGUAAGUUUUAUCAGUACAUUAACCUUCAAUAGUAAUCCCUUUAAUUUAAAAAUAAAUAGCGUAAACAAUUUUCAAGAUACUAUUAAAUAGGAACAUUAUUGAAAACUGUACUGUUUAAUUUAGGCUCUAUAUAGUGUGAGUGUUACCAUGCAUUUCCUAAUACUAGAAGAUCUUGACUUAAAAGUGUAUAUGUGUAUAUAUACAUAUAUAUAUAUUGAGCAGUGUUUGCAAUUGUAGUCCUUCAACCAUCAAUUUGGCGCACAGUGUUUCACAAUUACUUUCAUCAUUGGGUUGAAUAUUCAGGUGAUCUAGGGUCAUGCAUGCAGAAAGCAUUUUUGACACGCUUCAGGGUAAUGUCAACGGUCACAAAAUUACAUGAUAACAAUGAAGAAAAUAUUUUCAUAUAUUAUAAAACUGGUAUUUUUGGUUCUGGCUAUGAAUAUUAUUCAAUAAUAACCAACCAUCCUCUCGUGAUUGUGUGUUUAAUGGAAAAUAAUUAUGAAAAAAAUGGUGCCAAAAUGAUUGUUGACAUGCUAUAGGCAAUAAAGACAAGGAAUCUUGUCAGGAUAACCCUAUUGUUUAGUAUCAAAGAUUUUAUUAAACGUUUAGUGAGUCUUACAUUACUUCACACUCUAAAUACCUCAUGUUUUAACCCUUAUCAUCUUUGUAUUAAGAUGGGAUUUAUUCCAUUUCCAAAAGUGUGGCAGAAAAAUAGCCUAGCUGAUGGUUAUGUAGGAAUAAGAGCUUGCCAUGCUGUGGAAUGGCCAUAUCAAAUCCCACUCAUGGAAUAUGCAAAUACGGAUGAGAUAUGUUUCAUAUUUUCAUAUCUCAAACUCUUUAUUGCGUUACGGGAUAAUUUUAAAUAGAGGAAUCUUGAUGAAACUUGACUCGGUGGAAAUUCUUAAUUUGGUUUUCUGUGAUCAGCAUUUUCUUUCACAAAGUAAACAUAAAGACCCACUCCCCAAGACUCUUGCCACUGCUGAAGACACAUCACUGUUCAUGAUAUUGGUCAAUCUACUCCUCAAAUCCACAUAAGUGACAGAUUUUGAGUGAACAGUAUGGGAAUUCUGGCAUAUUGACAGAAUCACAUUUCAGUUGAUUUUGGUGACUGUCUUGACCCAGAAGUGCUAGCCUCUCCUGGGAUCAAUGGAAAGAGGGCUGAAUAUUCUGAUUGGGAUAUGGGUGGUGAGAGUCCUGGAGAUGAUUGUAGGAGUAUAGGAUCUUCAAGUUGACUAGCUGAUAGACAGACUUGGGUAAUGGUCUCUGCCAGAUGUUUUACUGCUAAUUAAGGUCAAGCGGUUUGAUGCCAAAUUGCCACUUUCCACAAAUUAAUGGUUUAUUGACUUUAAAUAAAUCUGAAUGGGAAUUUACUUAACUAAACUACUAUUCUAUUCACAAAAUAUAUUGUUGAUUUAAAUUUGUAACUACAAAAACCCAGUACAUUUUUUCAUUUAGGUGGUCACUGGAUUGCUAUAAAAGCCAUUUUGGCAAAAUACAUUAGUUCAGAAAUAAUUUUCAAUAUAUCGUGAUUAUCUGUUAGGUAACACACUAAGCAUGGUUCUCAAAGUAUGAAGAUGCUUGUUCAUAACAUAAUUUAAAACAAAUAUAAGUCAAAAUAUGUUACUUUUCCAAAUAUUAAUUGCUACACAAAGUGGUCUAUAAUCCUGCUUACCCUUUUUCUUUGCUAGUCUCAGAAAAAAGUAAGGUCAUGUUUUAAUCAAUGAUUUUGUUCAAAUUUUAUUCUUGUAAAAGUGGAAUUGUCAUGUCCCUAAAAGUUGUAAGCAUUAAUACGGUGCUGAUCUCUUCAAACAAAGAAAACUUUCCAAACUUUUCCAAUUUUGAAAACAAUAAAAAUGUAUAUACCUUCAGACCAAAAUACCAGAAAUAUCAAACAAGCCAAACAAGUUAGAUAAUACUUGAUGAGUAGUACAGUUAUGGAAUGGCUGUAGUAUGUCCAUGGAAGUAUAACCACAAUGUUUACACUGCUGCCUGUCCUGCCUGCAGGGGUCCCAGCAAUCUCCCAGUGGUCUGUAGAUAACAGCAGGAGCGGCUGAACUAUAUCCAUCUUCACCAGCCAUCUUGUAUUGAAGGGAGGAGGAGGAGGACACCCCAGGAAUUCUGCCUCCCCCUCCUCUCCACCCCUCCCCCUCCUGCCUGCACCCAUGUGGUGCUUGGAGAGUGAAACUCUAGCAGAUGCUGCUACCAGUCUAUUUUUAGCAGCCCCCAUAGUUCAGUGGAUGAGGUUUCACCCCCUCUCUGAUGUAGGCAGUCUGCUCUGUGAGAAAGCCAGUGCUCCAUAGGCUCUGGAACAAUUUGGAGGGGGAAGAGAGAUAGAUAUAUACACCAUCUACACAACAGAGGAUAUUCUGGGAAGGAAAAGUCAUAGCUGGUGCAGCAGUGCUUUUGUUGUUGGCGGUGCUACAUAAAGUUUGGCUGAGUUGUUUUGAAGCAGCCCCCACUGGAGGCAUUGGUUCCCCUCCUGUCACUCUCGUACCUUUAGGCUGGCUUACUACCUUCUCUCAGAAGGAGCAGGCUCCUGGCUCAGUCUUUCGACAUGAGAGUAGAUGUUCUAGCUGCUUUCAAGGAAGUUAAAGAAUGGGGGAAAAAUAUGCCUGCUUCUGAAUCAAAGCGGAACUUGCCUAACAAGGAGCAGCCAGAGUCAAGUGAAAGAGCACCAAGCGUCAACGAUGACGAUGAUGGUCACCUGAUCUAUCACCAAGGCGACGUCCUACAAGCACGAUAUGAAGUAGUUCAGACACUGGGAGAAGGUACAUUUGGCAAAGUGGUGGAAUGUAAAGACCGACAGAGUCCAAAUGAAAGAGUUGCCUUAAAAAUCAUCAAGAAUGUGGAAAAGUACAGAGAAGCAGCCAAGUUGGAAAUAAAUGUUCUAGAGAAACUGAGGGAGAAGGAUGCUACAGGAAAACAUCUAUGUGUGCGGAUGCUGGAUUGGUUUGACUACCAUGGCCACAUGUGCUUGGCAUUCGAUAUGCUGGGACUCAGUGUCUUCGACUUCCUCAAAGACAACAACUACGUACCUUACCCCCUUGAGCAAGUCCGACACAUAUCCUACCAGCUCGUCUAUGCAGUUAACUUUUUACACGAAAAUCAGCUGACCCACACAGAUCUGAAACCAGAAAAUAUUUUAUUUUUAAAUUCAGAGUUUGAAGUCGCAUACAAUCAAAAGAAGGUGAGUAACCGGAGAGACGAACGGAGAGUGAAGUCUACAGACAUUCGGUUAAUAGACUUUGGGUCAGCAACAUUCGACCACGAACACCACAGCACAAUAGUGUCAACGAGGCAUUACCGAGCUCCAGAGGUUAUACUAGAGCUGGGGUGGUCGCAACCAUGUGAUGUGUGGAGUAUAGGCUGCAUCAUGUUUGAGCUGUACACAGGCUACACGUUAUUCCAGACACAUGACAACAAGGAGCAUUUGGCAAUGAUGGAGCGGAUUCUUGGCUCCCUACCCUACAGAAUGGCAAAGAAAACAAAAACAAAUUACUUCUGGCACGGUCGCCUUGACUGGGACCCGACCACGUCCGCAGGGCGAUAUGUCCGCGAGAACUGCAAGCCCCUCUAUCACGGCCUGCGAGAUAAAGGCGUAGACGACAUCCAACUUUUUGAUCUCAUCGAAAAGAUGUUGGACUAUAUGCCCGAACAGCGCACCACACUGAAGGAAGCGCUUAAACACCCCUACUUCAAGCCCUACUAUCGCGAGGACACCCCACCCUCCCUCCCGUCCUCCGAGUGCCCACCCUACGAAUCUUGUGAUGGUAGUGACACUAACAGCCUGUUAGCUGCUACCCCUUCUUGCAUGAAAAAAAAUGCCCCCAGCAGCUCCCACUCACCGUUCUCCGACACUGACGAUGCUAUGAACGACAAGGCUACCAGUUUUACUCUGCCAUUAGUCAAAGACUCGGGCUUUCAUUCCCCUCACACCGAGGAGCAAUUGGCUGAACAGCCAACUGCAAUCACUCAUCCAGAAGUGAUCAUGCCAGAUAUUGAAGUUUCUUUCUCACUGUCAAGUCCUUCCGAUCAAGAGCCUAGUUCGCAGACUGCCUUGUCUGACGGUCACACAUCGACCGCGGACUCAUUUGGUACUGAUAGUCAAAUGCCCGACAGUGAGGCCUCUCAGUUUGGAGUAUCUGAUUCAACUGAUGGGUUGGGCGCAGUCAGUUCUCUUGCGCCGGACCGAAACCCGUCCAAUGCAAGUACACCAGAUCCUGCCCCAGAUCUGUUGCUGAGUUUUCUCACGGAUCCUUAUCACAAGAUGGCAACAAUGACUUCAAAUGAGACGCCAGAAUCUGAUCGUUAUUUGCCACCUGCUUCCGAUCCUCAGCCUCCAACUCCAGAAACAUUUGAGGAGGAGGAGGAAGGGGAGGUGGAGGAGGACUCUGAAGCAGAGGAAGAACGUAGGAAAGCUGAAAACGAUCCUUGGCUCAAAUUAGCCAGAUCCCAUCCAGAAAUAAACACUGAUAUUGAUGAGUCUUGUCUCAAUUUGAAUGAUGAUUUCUGUGAUCCAAGGUGAUUGACGUGGAGCAGUCCAUGUCCAUUUUUGACCACAAGCACUGGCAAACUGAGUAGAAACAGCAAGUGAUAGAAAGGUCCAUUGAAAAUAUGACUUGUUAGGAUUAUAUAAAGGUUGUGUGAUAGUUGCUCACAGGGUACCACACCCAGAAAUUUACAAAUGUGCCUUGUCAAAUUUCAUAUGUAAUUCACUUUGGUUAACUUGAUCAUCCUCACUGUUGAACUUAACCAAGUUAUUGGGCCAUUGAUCGGUUCACUGUUGAAGCUAAUUAUGUUGAUCAUUGGGUACUAGUUCCCUCUUGACAGAUCCCACAGUUGGGUAAGGAUGGUGUCGCAACCAUCUUGAGGACUAGAGUCCCACUUGCUUUGUAUUGUGAUAUGAAUAACGUAUAUAUCUCAGUGAAGCUGUGCUUGUACAGUUGACUCCAAUUCCAGUGAUUAAAUGUGCUUUAGUCACUUUUUGUUGAUAUUCUACACUUUAUCAUUUGUUUAUUAUUUGUAUAUCACUUGUAAUAAGUUGUGUGGAUUGUAUUAGCCAAAAUAUUGUGUUGCGGACUUGCUGUGUUUAAGUUGUGUAUAUUUAUGAAACAAAAAAUGAUUUAUUGACUUGGUGCAAUAAGGUCAUGUACAUUUAAGGAGAUAUUGUGACAGUGUAGGUAUUGUGAAGGAUAGGUACUUAUUAAAAGAUAUAGGCAGACAUCUUCGUCUACUUACAUACUCUUCGCAUGUUUCCGAGUAUGUUACUUGCAGACAGUUGUUGAAUCGCUGGAAAUAUUCAGCUGCUGACAACAUUGUUAGAUUUGAGAAGAAACAAUCCAUUGGUCAGCUUGGCCAGCUUGUGUUGAACAAAACUCAUCCAUAUCAGUACGUAUAAUUCUUCAUGUGGUCAUUCUGUGCAUGAGUAUAGAUGAUUAACUGGGCCAGCGAUUUUGAAAUGAAGUAGGCCCUCUGCUGUUUCUGCUGGCCACGGGCUAAAGGUCCAACGGUUAAUUGAUCUGUGAUCAAUACAUGAAGGCAUUUAGUGUUGGCAGUAUUGUUGACCAUUUUGGUGUGUGACCUUGACUAAGCAACCCUUGACCUACCAGUAUCCCAUGCUUUGUGACCCCUGUGUUGCUUGUGAAUUUGCUAUGUGGCUGCUUGUCCUUCAGUGUGUUGUGUAGCCAGUGCUGUCAAUCUAGACGUUCUUUUCACUUCUUAAUCUAGCUCUUUAUUUUCAGAUUUUCUUCCAAGUCCUAUUUUGUUCCUAUCAUUAGUACUGCAGCUGGUACGUCAGUUGCUUGCACACCUCCUGUGUAUCAGUGCUUCGUCGUCGUCAGAGAGUCAUGUAUUGACAUUGUGUGCUAGCUGUCUCCAUGUCUACCACCUAAUGUUUCAUGUUGAGAAAUUCUGUUGUGUUUUGGUUCAGUUCUGUAACCACUCUGGAAUGGUUGAUUCAAAAUUUGCACUAAGUUAUGGCAAUGUGUAUAUAUGUCUGUGGCAUUUAAACUUUUAACAUUGGCAGUUACAGUUCAGUUCAUGUUUGUGAGUUCCUUCCCACAGAAUUUCUCUGCAUUGUUCGGAUGUAAAGAAAGCAAUGAUAUUGCAUGUGCAUGUACUCCGUUAUGACAUGUGGCCAUCACUAAUGACUACUAAACAUUAUUCCAGCGCUACAUUAAGGACCCUGAUAAUGAAGAGCACAGACAGCUGUUUGACGUCAUUGGCAAAAUGCUGGAGUACGAUCCCAGCAACCGAGUGAAUCUCAAACAGUCUCUGCGACAUGCGUUCUUCCGCAAAUAUUACGAAGAGGAAUUGUUGAAAGAGCCUGAUAACUCGCAAAGUAACGGCGACCGAGAAAGAAGCCAUAGUUUGAGCAGGUGAUGUGAAAGCUCGCUGCUCGACACUUGCAGCGCAAACUAGACUCGGUUCUCUAAUGUUGGGUGGCAUGGCUGCAUUAACUAGGAGUAAACACUGUGUGAAGCUAGACACACAUCCUUGCACGCUAAACCUUCAGUGGUUUGACCACAGUAUGCAUCCCAGCAUUCUCGGCAGUUUCAUCUAUUGAAAUUCAUGUACAUUUUACACCAAGCCCAGAACAUGACCAGAGUUGCUAAAUCUGAGGUCUCAACCAGCUAGCUUUAUGGUGCAAGAUUUGAAAGUAUGUUAGACACAAGCCACAAAUCAUUUUCGUCACAUGAUUUGACAUAAGAGUCAAACUGUUAUCUGUGUCACCAUGGUAACCUAUACCAGCCACGUGACUUGUAUUGCUGGUGCAUGAUGGGAGUGUGUGAUCACUGUUACAACUGAUGUGUGUAGUGCAUCCUGCUGAAUUCUCCAUGAUAGACUCACUGAAUGGGGUGAGAUAGUGCAAUGUGUUUUCUUGUCCACAGCGAUGGCAGUACAAGCAAAGACCUUCGACCUGAACAGGCCAGUUAGUUCACUUCCUGUGAAUGUUUUAUCUAUGCAAAUCAAGGUUUCAAUCCACAGAAUGUGAACCUCGGGUUUAGAUGGCAUGAAGUUGGAUGGAUUUGUACAACAUUCGGCCCAAAUCAAAAUGUCACAUCUAUCCAUUAGUUGGUUUUCAGUAUUGUUCUGUUAAGUAUUAAAAUCAUACAAUAUGCACUGUGCAGAAUGUUGCCUGAGCAUACUAAAAUUAUGAAUUAUGAGUAAUAUGGAUCGGAAUUAUGUCAAAGUCCAUUGACAAAAGUACAAAGUCCAUCAUGUGUGUCCCAAUGAGGUAUAUCUCUGCAUGGCCUGCCUGACCACCAAGGAGAGUACCAUGCCCGAUCGUAAUAUAGAACUCUAGUCCCCAGUACAACCCACAAUGCAUAUCCUAUUUGGAGCUACAAGCUGCCAUGCCCCAAACACAAUACCCUCAAACACAAUACCCUCAAACUGGCCCCCAUGUCCCUAGAUAGGUUUGUGUCUAUGACUAGUUAAUGCAAGUGAGGAGUUUGUCACACAAUUAUGAACCCCUACCCUGCAUCCGAGUACGUGCCCAUACAUAGGGGCCAUCUUGUUUCUUGUGUACUGCUGCUGUGGUGAACAUGCUGCUCCAUUCUACCAUCCAGGGAGUGUGCAUCUGUUUGGCUGCACUACCAGAAAUGCAGUGGCUGCUAUGGGAUACCUACCUUCUUAGAUGUGGCAGGGGAGAUAACUUCUUUAUUGCAUGUGUAUGUAGGGGAGAUAACUUCUUUAUUGUAUAUGUCUGUAUACAAGAUGUCAUUUUAUUCUUGAUAAGCCCUUAUCAAUGUCAGAAAUGAACAAAACCUUUGCUAAGAUAUUCACGAAAACCUUUCCUACAAUAGUCACUCUAGAUAACCUUAUUACCACUGGGAAUUAGUUUUGUCACAGUUACCUGAAGCUGUGCUGAAUUGGGCUUCCAUGUAUCUAGUCAGUGGUGACAACUUUGGUAAUUUUCAAACAUGUUCAUAUGCUUUGCUUGUACUGCGCUGUGUUGUUUGAAAUAUUCCUGUUCAGAUCACAGGGCUUGAAAUUAGGGGUGACAAGAAGUAAAAAGGAAAAGAAAGAAAUACCAAAAACAACUUUUGCUGCAAAACAGAUAUAGAAAGUGACUGCUACUGGCGUUUUGUUCAUUCAGUUAAUUUCAUUUGAACCAAACAUCCCAAAUGCAAUAAUAUGAUUUUUGGGUAGUGAUUGAUGCCACGCAAAUGGAAAUGCUGUAGACAAAGAACUGGUUAGAGGACAUUUCUGUUUGCGCCGACCAUAAUUUCUAGCCCUGUACCUUGUGGAGAGUUGCAUGUUCAUCGACAUUGCCAUUAUCAGGGACAAAUACACUAACUUGGCCUCACUGUAUUCAUGAUAUUGUAAGUAACUUGGGUUUCUAUAGGUGAGAGAAAUUCAUCCAAUCAAAUAUUCUCAGAAAUUGGGGUUUUAUUUAUAAAUAGUUGGAAUUCCAACUUUUGACCAAUGUUUGAAUGUUCAAACAUUACUGUAAUAGUUAUAGUAAUAUCAGCUAUGGAAACCCUGGGAAUGAGAGAGGGUCUUAACAUUUAGACGUAAAUAGUCAAGUUGUAAGCAUGAUGUAUAUUGAGCUGUUAUACUUGUCAAAAACUGCAGGUUGGAUGUCUCUGUUGACAAAAUACACUAUUGAGUAUUUUCCUAUGAGCUAUUUAUGUGACUGGGGUAUGUUGGAUCUGAUGCAACACGCCCCGUCUGGUUGGUUCCUCAUGUUAUCAUUCAUAUAUUUAUUACACUAACAUUAUAUCAUCACAUAAUCAUUCAACUGCACAUGUAAUAUUUCAAACCCAUUGAUACAAACAUAUUUCCAAACCAUUUCCAUGAUACAAGAUUAAUAAAAACAAAUAUCUUGUUUGCACAGAAAUUACAGAAAAUGUCUAUUCUGCCUCUUUGAAUAAAAUAUAACCUCCCUAGAUGUAUAAGACUUAGGUCAAGUUAGUAUUCAGUUAAGAACAUUUGCAAUUGAUUGUUUAUGAAGCUGUUCAUGUUUACACAGAUAAAUAUAUUUAAAUCUAAAUAAGGAAGAUAUAUCAAGACAUGUUUCAUUGACCAAAUGUAGGAUCUCGAAUGACCGUUGUAUAUUUGUAGAUAUGUAAAAGUGUGUAUAGAAUUCAGGUUCUUACUGCCCAAUGUUUUAGUUUGUACAGUGUGUAUCUAACAGGGUUUUACAGAUCUCCUGCUUCUUGUAGAAUGUCUAUACUCCCUAUCUCAACAAACUUGAAUUCAAAUUCUGGAUCUGUUAUCAAGCAAAUACUCUGAAACACAGAGACUGCCAAUUGUUGUUAUGUGUUAAUCUUCUAGAAGUAGUUUAUUCUUGACAUUCAUUGUCAUCAUUCUACCAUCACCAUCAGUAAAAUAUUUAACAUUACUCUUGAAGAAAGCGGAAACCAUUUUUGAAAAUAUUACCAAACAGCCAACUUUUCACCCACUUUGAAGCAAGAUUCCACAUCCCGAUGAUACAUGUUGGUCUAGUUUUGUGGUAGCUGCGAGCUGUUGUCGUGUACAUCACUGACGCAGUAAGAACCAUCGUCAGGCCUGUUCCCUCAUGACAUGUUUGCAAUGGAGUGUUCCUCUCAUCGGUGAAUUUUGUGCUUAGCAUUGUUGAAGAAAUUUGAUUGUUGUGAAAUUUGUAUGGUAAGAACAAGGUGCUAUAGAAACUUAAACUAACAGUAGAAUUGUUCCCGUAUUCUUACUAUCAACCAGCAAUUUUCUUUUCAAUUCAUUAAGUACAUUUUCAGUGUCCUAUGACUUUACGUGUAUGUUGGUGUUGCCAUGGUUAUAUUAAUCAACUACAAGGUAACCAUUUUGUGGAUGCUGAAUUCUGGAAAAUUCUGACAUGGUGUCUUGUUAGAGCUGCGUACUGUUGGUGACAGGGGUGUGCAUCUUGCUUAGUAAGUCACCUGUAUCUUCUGUAUCAACUUCUAGUUACUGUUUACCUCGUCUUUGUUAAACACAAAGAUACUGCAUCUUAUAAGCUUCUUGCUGUGCCAUCUAUGUCAGUUAUUCAAGGAUUGUCUACUCAUGUAAUGACAAAUUUAGGCAUACUGAUACCAAACUGUCUUAAGUGUUAUUCCAGUAUUACACUGUUGGUCAGGAGGAAUGUUUUAGAAAUAUAUUUUGAUUUAUUUUGUGAUUUCCAGAAUUAACUUAAGAUGAAAUUACGCUGACUGGAGGUAUCAGUACUGCUCGGGUUAACGUUAGUUGUAGAUGAUGAACAUUUAUGAAUGUGAAAGUUCAUUUGUAAUAAGGCUCGUAAUUUCAAGUAAAACAGGAGAUCUUUGUACAUUGAAAAAUAUGUUCCACAUGCAGUAUCUUCUGAAUUCUAGCUUACGAUCAAUUGCUGAAGUGUCUAUUAUUUGUUAUAUUUCUAUUGCUGACAGCUGUCAUGAAAUUGUUUGUUUUAACAAACUCUGACCUGAGUUGUUGGGGCAUGGAAUCCAUGUCUUCAGGAUUUCUCUGUGCAAUAAUAUUAGUGUCCAUGAACAGUGGCCUAGGUCAGGGGAUUUGUAAGGGCCAAGCUCAUUAUCUUUUCUUUGUCGGAAUGUAGUGCUAACAGAUGGAAACAUUUUCUGGGCUGAUUCCUGCAUUCACAAAAGUGGUAUGUGAUGACUGAGAGGUCCAGUAUUUCCCCCUGACUGAGGAGUAUGUUAAACUGGCCAGUGGUGUAAGUGUAUAAUGUGUACUGUAUAGACAGCUGUGUGUUGUGUGAGGAGAAGGUGCUCCACCACCUCCAUCCCUUCCUUCCUUUCCAAGAUGGUAGAGGACAACAGGGCGGGAUAAACAGAACUGUCACAAUGAAUGCCUUGUAUGGAAAUUAAACAUGUUUACAGUAUA